AUGGUCCUCAAGUCAUUUCGACUCACCUCGACUACUACAAGGGCAUCGCUAGAGGUCAUGGACCCGUGUGACAGUGAGCCUCGUCCUGACAUCCUUUUCUGCGCCUCAAUGUGGACUCCCGAAGAACAAACAGAAAUCCAACGGAUCGCCAAAAACACCAUCCCCUGUAUCAAGACAUACGCCAUCCCCACCGGCAUGCACGUCAAAGCCGGGCCGGAGGGUAUCAUCAAGUAUCUGACGGAAAGGAUUGAUAGCAUCGUCAAUGGGGAGUGA